AUGACCAGUAAAUCAGACCAUUAUGAGACUCUGGUCGGCGUUGGUCGGAGAGUCAGCAGCAGAUUCAGUGUCGUUGAGGGGUUGAUCGGGGGUAAUGGUGAAGUUUCCGUGACCAAAGCGAUGUUUGUGAAUGAACUUCAGCGCUUCGAGCUAUGGAGCAUCAAUCUCGGUCUUUAUCAAAGUGGGCAUAGCUCUUUGGACUACCGAUUUCGUGACUCGCCUACUCUAUUUUAUUAUGCUCUUGGGUUGCUGCAGGACUUGGAGAGUGCUCUGAACCAACUUGCGCUUAUCUUGUACAAUCAUAACCAACCACAGGAAGAUGCUCGAAAGACUGGACUACCAGAGCAUACAGAGGAUUGGUCCCAUGGGGAGGAUUGCGAAGACUCAUCAGGUGACGAGGAUUCCGAGGACUUCUCUUCUUACCAAACCGAGCCAAUGGAUAGAGUCGUUUUCGCGAAUACUGUCACCACCAUUGACAGACUUUAUCAGCUGUCGUUCAGGAUUCGAAAUCCCAGGAUGAGAAUGGGACUCUCCAAAGCUCUCCAAUAUACUGAGUAUGAUUCUGACACCGGGAUUAACCUCAUGGAUGAGUAUGCAAAAUUGGAUAUUAAUCAUAUCGAGGAGCUUUUUCGCUCUUAUGGCCGUAUACACACCGCUGGUACACAUAACUACCUAAUCCAGCGCUUAGCGAGGGCCAACACUCGUCGGAGACAGCAAUUCCGGUAUUGGAAGAAGAGGAAGACGAAGUAUGAACGAUUUUCGAAACCAGAGAUUGUUGAAAAAACCUCCCAACAUCUUUCUGGAGAUCCGUCUGGCUUAGGACAGGCGUUGCACAUACCCAACGCGGCUCCCUCACAACCUUCGACAGUGACAUAUCUGAAUAUGUCCAAGAUCAAAGACGACGACAGCGAGAACGACGACGACGCUUCCAUAAGAUCGACGAAUUUAUUUGUUCUGAAGGCAGACGAAAAAAAUAGCGACCAGGCAGCAAUCCCGCCGCCACCGAAAAAUGUCGAUGUCAAGGAGUUCGAAUGUCCUUAUUGCUGUACGAUGUGCCCACGAAAACUACUCGCCAACAAGGCAUGGGAGCCUUAUGUCUGCACCUACAAAUACUGCAGUGAUCCAGACCAGCAGUACGAUAGCUUCAGUGAUUGGGUCACGCAUGAAACCCUGAGGCACAAGUUGACUUCCCAGAGCACCAGCCACGAAUGUGAAAUUGGUGAAUCUCAAUCUAUAAACCGUGAAGUCAGCACAGUGGAUACACUGACUACCCGUGAAUGUCCAUUCUGUCUCAUCCGAGACGCAACUCAGAUCCACAUUGCCUGCCAUCUUCGCCGAAUAGCAUGCUUUGCGAUACGAGGAGCAGGAGGUGGCGAAGAAAAUGAUGACAUUGAAGCCAAUAGUGGCAUGUCUGACCGAGCUGAGAUUCAUGAUCGCAGUUCCGAGCGCCUUUCAGUGAGCAGUUUGUCAUGGACUGACAACACCCAGCCUCAUGGUUAUGAUAAAUUCACUGAAAAGGGCCGUUGUCCGCACCCAGAUUGUGGGAGGGUUUUCACGGACUUGAACGCCCAUAUGCUCACUCAUCAGUCAGAGAGGCCCAAUAAGUGUCCUAUUGUUGGGUGUGAAUAUCAUAUCAGGGGUUUCGAGCGCAACCAUGACCAGCAAAGACAUACGAUGACUCAUUACAAGGGAACAAUGGUGUGUGGUUUCUGCACCGGUCCAGAGGAGAAGAUCUUCAACAGAGCAGACCUAUUUAAACGCCAUUUGACAAUAGUCCAUGGUGUUGAACAUAUUUCUCUGAGCACCCGGAAACACGGUCUAGUCGCAUCUAACAAAGUUCAGAGUGACAGUAGUGAUACACCGGCUAGGUGUUCUGUCUGCUCAGUAAGCUUUAGUAAUGCGCAGGAAUUCUACGAACAUCUGGAUGAUUGUGUUAUUCGGAUGGUGCAGCAGGUGGAUCCGAGCGAGAGCGUCAAUCAGAAACGGCUGAAAGAGGUCGAGUCGGACGAAGAGGUGAAAAAGUCACUGAAGAAGCAUGGACUCCUGGGAGAGGAGUAA